AUGAUUGGCCUGAAGCCUGUCGUGGCCGACCUGGUCCAGGGACUCCGCGAGACGGAGAUGCAGUGCUCCAAGAGAUUCCGGGUCCUGGAAGUCAUCAUGAGCGCCUCAGUCAUGCUGUGCUACCAGAUCACGCCGACCAUCGUCAUGACGGCCGCCAUUCUCUGGACGACCUUCUCGAGCGGCCUGAAGGCGUCAGAGACGUUUACGGCGCUGGCCAUUGUCGUCAUCACGUCGCUGUCCAUGGCCCGCGCCAUGCUGUGCUACCCCAUCUUCGUCUCGACGCUGGGGUGCUUCCAGCGCAUCCAGACCUACCUCCUGCUCGAGGAGCGGCAGGACCGACGCCAGAGCACAAACGCCCUCGUCGCGCCCGGCGGCUACGGGCCCGAGAAGGACGCGGCCUUCCACUGCGUCUCGCCCGUCGACAAGCCCGCGCUCGAGCUGGGCGCGCCGCAGACACGCGUGUCCGUCGUCCUGGCCAACGCGUCCAUUGCCGCGGCGCCGGGCAAGCAGCCGCUGCUCAAGAGCGUCAACGUGUCUGUCGCGCGCUCCACGCUGGCCGUGGUCCUUGGCCGCACCGGCUGCGGCAAGUCGACGCUGCUGAGGGCUAUCAUUGGCGAGGCCGGCCUCACCCACGGCCACGUCUACGUUGAGACGCAACAGAUUGCCUACUGCGACCAGACGCCGUGGCUCAACAACGUGCCCAUCCGGGCCAACAUCACGGGCCACCACGGCUACGACAAGGACUGGUACAAAACCGUCGUCGACGCCUGCCUCCUCGCCGACGACUUGCAGCAGUUCCCUAACGGCGACCAAACCAUGUCCGGAGACAACGGCUCCAACUUGAGUGGUGGGCAGAAGCAGAGAAUUGCCCUCGCGCGAGCCGUCUACUCGCAGGCUCCUCUGCUCGUCCUGGACAAUGUGCUAAAUGCCCUGGAUCGCCAUACGGCAGAUGCCGUGUUUUCUCGCCUCUUCGCACCGGGCGGCUUGCUGAAGCGUCUUGGCAGCACCGUCAUCAUGACGAUUCACUCUGGUAUUGUCCUGCCCCCGGCGUCCGGAUGCGACGAGGGGUCAAUCAAGUCCGUCACGGGGCCGGCAGCCGUCGAGCAGUGCCCGGAUGACGUGGCAGCGCUGCUGUCCCCCCGAGCCGGCGACAAGGUCGGGGAGGAGGAGAAGGCGGCGGCCGCCGCCGCAGAGGAGGCCCAAGGGGCGGGCAAGGAAGUUGGCGCCGGUGCAAACAGCGAGCUGCUGAUCCGCCGGCAAGGCGACCUCGGCCUCUACUCGUUCUACCUCAAGUCAACGGCGAAGUGGCUCUGGGCCAUGUGGUUGCUGACUGUCAUCUUUGUUGCCGUCGCCGAGAGACUGCCAGAGAUCUUUCUUCGAAUCUGGCUCGACGUUGCGCCGAAUAACAAGGUGUACCUGGUUGGGUACAUUUUGUUUGGAUUUUCCAGCUUUACGGCCGCCGGUAUAACGCUGAGCUUGUACUAUCUCAAAAUCGUGCCCAGCAGCUCCGAGAACUUGCACCGUGUGCUCUUGGACAAAGUCAUGGGGUCGACGCUGUCGUUUCUGUCUUCGACCAGCAACGGAUCUCUUCUCAACCUGUUCAGCCAGGACAUGAGUCUUAUCAGCCAGGAGCUGCCGCUGGCGUUUUUUCGCCUUCUGUAUUACAUCGGCAUCAUUGCCGCCGGCGCCGCCUACAUGUCCGUCAUGAUACCCUUCAUCCUCGUCUGCAUCUACGUCAUCCAGUACUUUUACCUACGGACGUCGCGGCAGAUGCGGCACAUGGACUUGGAGGCCAAGACGCCCCUGUACACGCAGUUCUCCGAAAUCAGCGCCGGGCUGAUGCACAUCCGAAGCUUCGGGUGGGAUAGCGAGUGUCUCUCGCGCAGCCGGCAGCUGCUGGACGACUCGCAAAGGCCGUUCUACUACAUGUUCUGCAUCCAGCGGUGGCUCGGGGUCGUGUCGGAGCUGUGCGUGCUCGGCGUGGCCACGGUGCUGGUGUCGGUGGCGCUGUGCUUCCGGGGCACCACGUCGCAGAACGCCAUGGGGCUCUCGCUGCUGACGCUGAUCCAGUUCGGCGACUCGAUCCUGACGCUGCUCAACACGUGGAUCGACACGGAGACGUCGCUGGGCGCCAUCGCACGCAUCAAGUCGUUUGCCGAGACGACGCCGGGCGAGGACGACGCCGGCGCGGGCGCCCCCCGAGAGCUGCCGCGCGACUUUUUGAAACGGGGAGCCAUCGCCAUGGUUGGCGUCACGGCCUCGUACAGCUCGCUGGACUCGUCGACCGCGGUCCUCGACAACGUCUGCCUGGACAUUAAGCCGGGGCAAAAGGUUGUCGUAGUCGGGCGCACGGGGAGCGGCAAAAGCUCCCUCCUGCUCACCAUGCUCAACUUCCUCAACUACAAGGGCGUCAUCACCAUCGACGGCGUGGAGCUGUCCCAGAUCCCACGACAGGCGCUGCGGUGCCUCAUCACCACCAUCCCCCAAGACAUGGUCGAGCUCCCCGGCACCCUGCGCGACAACAUGGCGCCGCCCGGCACCGGCACGGCCACGCGCGACGGCGACUCCGACUCCGACUCCCUCAUCGCCGAGGUGCUCUCGCGCACGCGGCUCAAAGAGCACGUCGACGCCCACGGCGGGCUCGACGCGCCCCUGGCAGACAUGGGCUUCUCCCACGGCCAGAAGCAGCUGCUCGCCCUCGCGCGCGCCAUCUUGCACCAGCGCCGCAGCGGCAGCAAGAUCCUGCUAGUCGACGAGGCCACGAGCGCCAUGGACGCCGACACGGCCGCGCUCAUGCACCGCCUCAUGGACGACGCCUUUGCCGACUGCACCGUCGUCGCCAUCUCCCACUCCCACUCCCACCCCCACGAGCCCGGGGGCGCGCACUUGCGCCGCCCCGACCUCGUCCUGCGCGUCGACGACGGCAAGGUCACUCGGCUCAGGGUGUGA